AUGUUGUCUGACGACCAGUUGACGUACUACCAGGACGCGAGUGACGGCGAUGAUCCAACAUUACGUAGCCUGCAACUACUGCUGUCCACGGCAGCGUCGAGUCAGAUCGGCGGCGGCAGGAAUAGCGCUGCUCACGACGGGCUUGCUUCCUCUGGUUACGGGGCUGCCACCGGCCAACUAAUUGCAAAUGGUUCCGGCCUCGCUCGAGCAUUUGAAGACUACCCUUAUACAUUGGACGACGGGGGUGGUUACAAGCUAGACUCUUAUAACAACAGUUUUGCUAUAGAUUUUUAUGCACAAUUGGUAAACAGGCGAGAAUUUAAGAUGUUGGAGGAACUAUUCCGUUAUGCGAGCCCUGCGAUUAUAAUUAUAGGUAAUAUCACUAACUUAAUAGCUCUUAUUGUACUUAGAAGAAAAAAACUUCGACGUGCUUCAGUAUGUUUUUAUUUGUGCGCAUAUGCUCUUGCUAAUCUGUGUGUUCUCAACUUCAUGCUUGGUGUCAUAUGGAUGUGUGAAAUUUUCAAACUCAGCUAUGUCACGUACUUAGCGGACUGGACUUGCCGACUGUGGACAUUUAUCAACAAUGUGUUUACUUAUUGUGGUGUGUGGUUUGUCGUGGCCAUGAACAUCGAUCGUUUGGUCUACUUAACUUCAAGAUCUAAUUCACAAAAUCCAUGCACUGUGUUUUCUGCCAAGGCUGCUGUUUUAGCCAUCAUGGUAGGACUGACAGUUGUCAGUAUCCAUGCCAUGUGGACAUACGAGCUACAGAAACAAGGAUGUUUCGUGGCACUGGAGCCACAUGAUCUUCAUAAAAUGAUAUGGCCGUGGUUGUCGGCGACUGCUUAUACAUUUCUGCCCCUGUUUUUGUUGCUGUGUCUCAACAUAGCCCAGGGUGUUGCUAUUUGCCUGAAGCACGGAAGGAAGGUUGUUAUUAGCCACCCAGCCGACGGCUGCCAGGACAGCUUCAUAGUGACGGUAAUGGUUGUUUCUCUCACUGCUUUCUUUCUCAAUGCGCCUGCUACUGUGACCAAUGUACUUGAUAUUCAUGUGCCUACCAGUUGGAUAAGCGUAGACUUUGUGGCGCAGAUUGAAUUGACAAAAAAAAUUACAGAACUUCUUUCAAGCCUUAAUCACGCCAUAUUGGGAAUUCAGCUUCUCAUUUGCUCCAAAGAAUUUCGAAGGGAAUUUGCUGCCCUUUUAAGAGUAAUUUUCUGUUGUUUCUCGUCAAAACGAACAUUUAAAGUUUUUGAAAUGAGGCCAACUUUUAACUCAGAGGAAAGCAGUUCGCCGCACAGACAAGUGGACUACGAGCUGUGUAACAACAACGAAGAAACCGUAACGUCGGUUUAGAUAAAGUUGGUGUACAACACUAGAUCAUGCAUACAUUUACGUGCUCACGUUUUCAGCAGGAUUAGUCAACGUGAGAAGACAGGUUCUGCUAAUGAGGUCACCAAAUACUAAUUUGACAAUAUUUGUUUAAUAGUACUGUAUUUCUCGGAUUGUUGAAUAUCAUCGCUACGAGAGGCUACAACAUGUUUUAAUGCAAAAUCGGAUUUGUUUUUGACAUAGCAGUAAAUAAUAAAAAUGUUUCCUUAUGGUGAGUCAUUUAGCCUGAAUUGAUUGGUGCACGAUCAACUGGGCUGUUUUCUUAUGGCACAUUAUUUAAAUAUUCAUGGUGAGUCUGUGUAGAUAAGCAUUGACUAUUUCAGUUAACAAAAAAUACACUGCUGUUUUCUUACAAAAUAACUUUAAUUUAUUUGUUCAAAUUAUCAAUACAAACCU